CGAAACAGCUGAUCGAUGACAACAAUCAAUUUGUUUUUGUGUCAGCCACCGCCGUCGUACGUGUAAAAAGAUAUUUUCUUUAAUUUUUUUUAAAUAAAAUCUUAAUGAAAUUAUAAAGAAAUUUUGUAAAUCAUAAAUAUUACAAAAUAAACAACAAUUUGCAAUGUAUACCUUGCUAAAUGGUUUCUAUAAAUAUCUAACACAAAAAGAUGAAUACUGUGUAGUAAUAUUGGGUUUGGACAAUGCUGGCAAGACGACUUAUUUGGAAGCAGCCAAAACAAAAUUUACGAAAAACUAUAAAGGAAUGAACCCAAGUAAAAUAACCACUACCGUAGGACUUAAUAUAGGAACCAUCGAUGUGCAGGGAGUGCGUUUGAAUUUUUGGGAUCUGGGUGGUCAGCAUGAAUUGCAGUCAUUGUGGGAUAAGUAUUAUCAAGAAUCGCAUGCGGUCAUCUAUGUGAUAGACUCCAACGAUAGAGAUCGUAUGGAAGAAUCAAAAGUUAUUUUUGAUAAAAUGAUACAGAAUGAUUUGCUCUCGGGUGUUCCUUUACUGAUAUUGGCUAAUAAACAAGAUUUGCCUGAUGUUAUGGGUGUCAGAGAUAUAAAACCAGUAUUCCAACAAGCGGGCGGUUUUAUUGGCCGACGUGAUUGUCUUACCAUACCGGUAUCUGCUCUGACGGGCGAAGGUGUAGAUGAAGGCAUUAAGUGGCUGGUGGAAGCCAUAAAAAGACAUUCUAUAGUACGACCACCACGCGUGAACGACUGAUGAUAGAUUUGUAUUUAUAGUUUUCUCGAGAAAGUAAGAUAAAUGAAAUGUUCUUCUUUUUUUUUGUAAUAAGCUUUUAUUUUUUGAAUUAGCUUUAUGCUAAAGUAUAUUCCAGAUUAUUUUCUACUUUUUUUUUUUUUUGUAAAUGUACAAAAUAUUUAUAAAAAAGUAUAUAAACGAAUAUUUAUGAAAUUACUUAUAAUGGAAUUUUUGUAAAAAGGUUAUAAACGGUUUUUGAAAAGGUUAAAGCUUUUUAAGGGUUUAUACUGUUAAUUUUUAUGUAGUUAAAAAAGCCCUUUUCGUUGAGAAAAAAGCUUUUAAUUCAUAAAAACACAUUUUUCUUCUUCUAUGCGUUAAAACCCUGAAGUCUUCCAAAAUCUUUCUAAUUAAAAUUUUACCCACCUUAUUAAAUCUUAUUAUGACAGUAACGUGCAUUUUUAAUAAAUUCCCUAACUGUCAUUGGUUGCUCAAUUGUUUGAUUACCUCUUACUUUUAUUAUUUAUUUAAUUAUUUUUUUUUUACAUAUAAUUAAUACAAAUUGCUUUUACAAUAUAAAACAACACUACACUCACCUUCUCGAAAAACUGAAAACAGUAUAAAACUUCUUAUCAUUUAACAUUAUUUUAAUGCUCUUACUGAUAAGAACUUUACCAAAUACUAAACUAACUAGAUACUCACCUAGGCAAACAGGUAUAGCACACAUUCUCUUUUAUAUACUAUAUAUACAUAGACAGGAGAAAAGGCACCAGAAGAUAAGCUCCCUCACCAAAUAAUACAAAAUUUAAAACAAGGGGUUUUCUCUGUUUUAUAAAUUGUUCGUUCCACAGUUAUAGACAUAUUUAAGGUCUUUUCGAAAUUAAACUUCUUACGGUUUAGAUAAAAAUAAAAUGAAUACGUAUGAUUUUAAAAGGUGUCGAAAUUAAAAAAUAUAUAGCUUAAAUUUCCUUUUUGUGAUUUGUGGUAAAAUGUUUAAAGAAUUUACAAAUAAUUAUAAUUAAAACAGAGAGUUAAUAUUAGUAAUUAAAACAAGUGUGUAUAAAUUUAUUAUUAAAUAAAAAAAAUUAAGGAAAAAAUAAAUCUAUA